CUCUGCGGAGACGCCAUGCACCGGUUCCUGCGGGUCGUGACCGUCCGGCCCCCGAACCCCGUGGGCCGCGCCUGGGCCGGCGGGCGGCGCGGAGCGCACCAGAGCGCCCGACGACUGCCGUUCGGUCCUGGCCUGGCGGGGGGCCUGGGACUGGGCCUGGGGCUGGCGCUGGGGGCCAAAUUGGCCGGCGGGUUGAGGGGCGCCGUGCCCGCGCCUCCCGACCCCGAGGCGUCGCCGCAGGCCGAGCCGCCGCCGCUGCCUCCCGAGCAGCCCCUCGCCCCGUGGUCUCCGCAGGCCCCGGCGCCGCGCCCCUCCGGGCGCUUCGCCAGAGCCAUCGACAGCAGCCGCGACCUGCUGCACAGGAUCAAGGAUGAGGUGGGCGCACCAGGAAUCGUGGUGGGCGUCUCAGUAGAUGGCAAAGAAGUCUGGUCAGAAGGUUUAGGUUAUGCAGACGUUGAGAAUCGUGUGCCUUGCAAGCCAGAGACCGUUAUGAGAAUUGCCAGUAUCAGCAAAAGCCUCACUAUGGUUGCGCUUGCCAAAUUGUGGGAAGCAGGGAAACUGGAUCUUGAUUUGCCAGUGCAACAUUAUGUCCCUGAAUUCCCAGAAAAGGAGUAUGAAGGGGAAAAGGUUUCUGUCACAACAAGAUUAUUGAUUUCUCAUUUAAGUGGAAUUCGUCACUAUGAAAAGGACAUGAAAAAAGUGAAAGAGGAGAAAGCUUAUAAAACCUUGAAAAUUAUGAAAGAGACCAUGGAAUCGGACCAAGACAGAGAGCUAAAAGAAAAAGGAAGUAAAAGUAGUGAAAAGAGUGACCUUGCUAAAACCAAGACAGAGCAGGAUAAUGAGGCAAAGGGCCGGAACCCAAAACCUGUUAAGAAAAAGAAUGACUUCGAACAAGGCGAAUUAUAUUUAAAAGAGAAGUUUGAAAAUUCAAUUGAAUCUCUAAGACUAUUUAAAAAUGACCCUCUGUUCUUUAAACCUGGUAGUCAGUUUUUGUAUUCAACUUUUGGCUAUACCCUACUGGCAGCCAUAGUAGAAAGAGCUUCAGGAUAUAAGUAUCUGGACUAUAUGCAGAAAAUAUUCCAUGACUUGGAUAUGCUGACAACUGUGCAGGAAGAAAAUGAGCCAGUGAUUUACAAUAGAGCAAGAUUCUAUGUUUACAAUAAAAAGAGACGUCUCGUCAACACACCUUAUGUGGACAACUCCUAUAAAUGGGCCGGUGGUGGAUUUCUGUCUACAGUGGGUGACCUUCUGAAAUUUGGAAAUGCAAUGCUCUAUGGUUACCAAGUCGGGCUGUUUAAGGAUACCAACGAAAAUCUUUUACCAGGAUAUCUCAAGCCAGAAACAAUGGUGAUGAUCUGGACACCUGUCCCCAACACAGAGAUGUCUUGGGAUAAAGAGGGGCAGUAUGCCAUGGCCUGGGGUGUUGUGGAAAAGAAGCAAACCUAUGGGUCUUGCAGGAAGCAACGGCAUUAUGCCUCACAUACUGGUGGUGCAGUGGGCGCUAGCAGUGUGUUGCUGGUCCUUCCUGAAGAACUGGAUACUGAAGCUAUAAAUAACAAGGUUCCCCCAAGAGGAACAGUUGUUUCUAUCAUAUGUAACAUGCAGUCUGUUGGCCUCAAUAGCACUGCUUUAAAGAUUGCACUGGAAUUUGAUAAAGACAGAUCAGACAUACCUUAAUAUCUUGGUGCCAGAAUAAGUAGGGGGAGGGAGGGGAGUUGAAUGUUAACUAAAGUCCCAAAAUACAUGAAAUUUUUAAGAAUAGAUUUUUAAGUGUAACUGAAUGAUGAGAAUUCCGUACCUCUAAUUGCUUAAUUUUGUAACUGUAUUGUUGUAGGUUUAGUUCUUUAUACUCAGGGAAGUAACCAUAUUGUUUUUACUUUUUGAAGAAAGUGUUAACUAUUGAAAUAAAAAAUUCUAAUAAAA